AUGAAGCUUACACCGAUAAUAUUAAAUUCUGAAAAUGUUAGUGGUAUAACAGGUUGUAUCUCGAUAUCGUGUUGGAUUGUCGUCUUCGUCCCUCAAAUAUAUGAAAAUUUUACAAGGAAGUCAUCUGAUGGAUUAUCAUUGUUGUUCAUUAUUUUGUGGUUAUUAGGAGAUAUUUUUAAUUUGGUAGGGGCGAUGAUGCAACACUUACUGACUACUAUGAUUAUACUGGCUGCAUACUACACUCUCGCAGAUAUUAUACUUUGGAUCCAAUGUAUUUGGUAUUCAGGUAAUGGAAAAAUGGUCGAUGAAGCUACAUCUGUGGAAUCCGUAUAUGAAACAGACCCACUUCUACAAAGUAGACGAGAUGUCAUAACGUAUAUCCCCGAUAAUGGUGAUUCUGAGGUAUAUAUUACAACCAUACCGGCAAAAGAAGUAAGGAAAACUAACAUGAGUCUGAAUAAUCUACUUAUCGUUUUUACAGUGAUUUUUGCCGGGUUUAUUUCCUGGUACAUACCAUAUUGUUCAAGAAUCCCAGUUGAGAAAACCCCCGAUUUACGUAUGAACUGGUUGGCUCAGGUCUUUGGUUAUUUAGGUGCAGUAUUAUAUUUAGGAUCAAGAAUUCCACAGAUUAUAUUGAAUUUUAAGAGGAGAUCCUGUGAAGGUGUUUCAUUUUUAUUCUUUUUAUUUGCAUGUUUGGGGAAUAUCAUGUUCAUUACAUCUGUCUUGGUGGUUUCAUUAGAUCCAGAGUACUUACUAGUUAACUUUUCCUGGUUAUUGGGUAGUGCAGGGACUUUGUUUCUUGAUCUGGUCAUAUUUAGUCAAUUCUUUCUAUAUGGUGACAAGCAACACUCGCACACAUCCGCGAUUAUGAGAAAGUCCAAACUGAGAGAUGAAGAAGAUUUUUACUCUGAAUGUUCUAGUAAUAAUCGAUGA